AUGACGGGAGAAUACUCGGUGAAAACAGGGUACUACGCAGCACGAGAUCGAGCCCCAUCAGACCAAAUCCCUGCAGUCAACAACAACUUUAAUUGGUUUUCAGAGGUAUGGGGAGGAAAUUUUGCUUCAAAAUUGAAAAUAUUCCUAUGGAAAGCGGUUCAAGGAGCCUUACCAGUGGGAGAAAACUUAGCGAUCCGAGGAAUUGAAGUGUGGCGUCUAGCUCCCUUCCGAAAUCAAUUUACCUCUGGAACUUUUACAAAUAUCAAAGCAGGAAUCAAAAUCCUCAAUGUGGCGGUGAGCUUACCGCCGACAGGAAUCGGCGCCGGCACGUUAGCACCGUGGAUCAUGUGGAGCAUAUGGAUGAGCCGGAACAACAAGAUCUUCAAUAAUAGAAUGUUCAAUGUGCAGGAAACCCUAAAUCUCGCCUCAAUCCGGGGGCACGGGAAUGGCAAGAGGCUCAAGAGAAGACACCGAUCCGCUUCGUAG